AUGUUUGAAUUAGAAAACCAAAUUGACUACUCUAAAUUCAUGAACCACACUUCAUUAGGAGUUUUUGGAAACAACCAGUUUGAGGAGAAGGAAGCCAAGUCUCAGUUUGAAUACAGUGUUGACAAUUAUGACGCUGCUAAUAAUGAUGAUGAAGACUUCACUCUUUUGAAUGGAAAAUUUGUCUGUGAUGAAUUUGAAGAGGCAAAUCUUUCCCCUACCAAGGAGCAAUCCUUCCCAUCAGAUGACUGAGCCUUCAGUUCUCAUUCUACUCAGCAAACAUACUUGCAAGUAAAUUUUGAUGGAGAUAUUCUCGAUAUGAACGAUUUUAUCUGCAAAAUCAGAGGUGAAAUUGACUCAAAAGGAGUCAACGGAGUCAUCUGUGAUGCUCUAGAUAUCAAGAGCAAUGAUGAGUUCUGCCUCGAGCCAGUUGAGCUCAUCAAGGUCAAAAAGAGAAAGACCAAGGAACAAAUUAGACAACUCGAGGAAGAAUUCUCUAAGACCGAUGAUUGGUCUAAAGAAUUCAUGAACAAACUCUCUAAAAAGCUAAAGCUUGAACCUUCUCAGGUCUAUAAAUGGCACUGGGAUCAAAUUAGUAAAAAAUUAGGAAAGGCUCCAAAGAGGCAGGCAAAGCUCAAGAAGCAAGCAAACAAAAGGAAGAGAGCUGUUAAAACAACUUCCUCUAGGAGCAAGAGAGCUAGAAACUAAGCUUCUCUUUAGGAUUUAAUUAAUU